UUGUUUAUAAAUAUUGAGUUUGGUCUUGGUGUCUUAGUUUUCAAAGAACAAGUUACUGUGUAGGAUUAGAAUAUAAUAAAUUGUUUUGGUUAUAAGAGCAUUGCCAAUUAAUUAUAUUCACACAAGUGAAUAGCGAGCAAAAUUCUGAGGCAGUGACAAAGUAUAAUCUUGAUAAGCGCUACCGUCCUGUUACCCAAAUUUUGGUAUUUUUACAUUUCUCGUUUUUGCGAGAACACAUAAACAAUUAAGUCAAAUGCGGAGCACUGGAAAAGAAUUAAUUAUAAGAAAAGCAGUAAUUAUUAAUUUUCUUCAUAGAUAAUAUAUUAAGGAAGAUGCUUGGUCAUAGUGAAAGAGAUUUUCCUGUUCCUUCUGAGUUAAGAGAAGCUAUUAAGAACCAUUUAGAUAUUCCAGUUGUUUUCAAGAAUCAAAUUAAAUCUUGGUCUACUCCAUUGUUAAAUUCCAAUUUAACUGGAAAGUAUGGGAAUACAGUGCUAGAUUUUCGUAUUGUUCCGAAAUCUUAUAAAGGUGUAUCAUGGGAAGCACAACAUACAUUUGAAGAAGCUACUAUUUCAGAUUUCAUUUCUUGGCAAAAUGAGGAAAAUGUUGCUUUGGAUUCUACUAAUCCAUUUAAAAAGUAUAAGAAAAAUGAAUAUUGGGCUUAUUCUAGUUACAAUUACAUGAAUGUUAUAUUUCCUAAUGAUUCAGAUAUCCAGACUAUGAAAUGGGAUGCAUUUGGUUUUCCUGAGGUUACUGGCAAAGAAAGUACAUUUUGGCUGGGAAGUGAAGGUGCUAACACCCCUUGUCAUUUUGAUUCUUAUGGAUGUAAUCUUGUUGCACAAAUUACAGGCAGAAAGCAGUGGAUACUUUUUCCUGCUACUGAUACUUCUUUUUUGUAUCCUACAAGAAUACCUUAUGAAGAAUCCAGUGUAUUUAGCAGUGUAAAUAUUUUAAACGUGGAUUUUACUUGCCAUCCUUUGUUCAAGAAUGCUCAUCCACAUAUAAUUACUUUGGAACCAGGAGAUGUAUUGUUUGUUCCUAAGAAAUGGUGGCAUUUUGUUUCAUGUUUAGAUAAUAUCACAAUUAGCAUCAAUACAUGGAUUGAGCUGGAUUCUGAUCCUCAUUGCCGCCUUGAAGAAGGAGUUGCAAGGGCUUUGAUGUCUGCGUUAAUUACUUUUUAUGAACCAGAUAAAGAGAAUUGGCUAAAUCCAAAAGAAGAACUAGUAUCUCCAAAUGAAGCUAUAAAGUACAUAACAACAUCUUUGCAAGAAAUUGGUGGAAUCACAGAUAAGGAUCAAGAUAAAAAUCCUCAGUUUUCAAAAGUGUGCAAGACUGCUGGAAAAUUUGAUGUUCAUAAUAGUAUUUGUAAAGACAGCUCUAUUCAUGACAUUUGUGAUUAUAAAUACAUUGAGAAAGUCGAGCCAUCAUCAUUUCAGGAAUACUUAAUAAAAACAAACCAACAGCUUUCACUGGAAUCUGUGCUACCACAAGAAAUAACUCUAAAAAAAAUUAUAAAUUCUUUUGUUCACCCUGAAGUUGUAUCUUUAAUUUGUCAUUUACUUAAAGACAAGUAGAAGCAAAAUGUCUUUAUUUUUAUUAACUUCAUAUAUUCAGAUAUUUUUUUUUUAUUUGGUUAAGGAACUUUUUAAGUAAAAUUUUUUUUAAUUUUGAAGUAUUUUAUAUUCAAUAUAUAUAGAGAGCAAGAAUAUAUAUAUGUCAUUUAUUCUAUGAUUGUUGAUGUAAAGCAUGCAAUUGUUAC